UGGUCGCCAUUUUGUCAGCAACUCCUGUCAUGGCUUCCAUAUUGUCAUGGUAAAUUACACAGGGACACAAAGUGGUAUGAUGUUUGCUGGAAAUUUCCAUGUGGAUCGUAAAUCCGCUGAAGAGGCCACUUCCCAACUAAGAUAAUUUCGCUAGAACAACUGUUAAAAUGGCUAAAUGGGGAGAAGGUGAUCCGCGAUGGAUUGUCGAGGAGCGGCCAGACUCAACUAACGUAAAUAACUGGCAUUGGUCUGAGAAAAAUGCAACCAAUUGGUCAAAAGAAAGGAUCAGUGAACUACUGAAACGUAUGAAUGUUAAAAAUGAUACUGGUGAAUGGAAGGUAAAAGAAAUUACAAAAAUUGAGGGUGAAGCAUCAGCAAACAAUCGGAAAGCAAAGCUUAUCUUUUUCUAUGAAUUUGUUAUCAAAAUUGAAUGGAAAGGUUCCCUAAAAGAUGAAUUCACAAACCAUCAAGGAUAUUUUGAAGUUUCAAAUUUAAGUGAAGAAAAUGACCCAGAUGAUCUUGAUAUAAUUGUCACGAUUAAAGAAGGCGCAGAUGGUUAUAGCAAAAUGAAAGAAUUCGUUCGAAAAACUGGAAUACCUUUAAUGAGAGAAAAAUUAGCUCAGUACAUAAAGGAAUUGAAAGAAGAGUAUAGUAAAGGCCUCAUUCUUCCUACAAAGAAAACUGGAGCUAGUCCCCAACCAGCACAAAAAACUGAUAAAACUACAAAGGUUGACCUGUCUGAACCAUUAAAAGCUAUGAAAACAACUCCUAAAAAGGAAGAUAAUACUGUGAAAGUUCAACUGAAAUUAAAAGAAGAAUUCAAGACUACCUCCAGUGAACUUUUUCAAGUGCUGACUGAUGAAAACCGUGUCAGUGCUUUUACUCGUGAGAAAGCUACGGUCGAUGCAAAGCCGGGUGGAAAGUUUUCGAUUUUAGGUGGAAAUAUUUCCGGAGAGUUUGUCGAGUUAAUACCAGACAGAAAGAUUGUACAAAAAUGGAAAUUCGGUAGCUGGCCAGAAGGGUGUUUUUCAACGGUGACAAUGGACUUAAUUCAAAAAGAGGAUUGCACUGUAUUAGAACUCACACAGAUUGGAAUCCCUGAUUACGACUUUGAUAAGACGGAAACUGGCUGGAAACGAUAUUUUUGGGAGAGCAUCAAGCAGACGUUUGGCUAUGGAGCAAGGCUAUUUUGAGUGACAGCCAAAUGCAACAGUUGAUUGGAUAUUUUGAAGUUUUGAGACAAUCCUUACCCUCGCUGCUGCCGGAUUUCUCUAAGAACAUAAUUGUGUCAGUCCUGAAUAUUUUAACUACACAUAGACAAUUUUUUAGGAAAUAACAAAGAAAGAGGGAGCAGAAACUUUGUCCGAAUUUCAAUUUGCAAAGAAUGAAGAAAACUAUGUUAUACAUAUAAAACAGCAUUUCUCAU